AUGUCUUUUCUUUCGUUCCAUACCGCCUUAACCCCCCCACAAACCCCAUACAGCGCCUUCCCGCCCGCCCGCCGCCGCCUCAUCCUCCUCAUCGUCACCGCAGCAGGCUUCUUCGGCCCCCUCAGCGGCGCCGUGUACCUGCCCUCACUGGUCGUCUUCCAGGACGUCUUUGAUGCGAGCGCCGCGGCUGUGAAUGCGAGCAUUACGGUGUAUAUGGCUGUUUUUGCUGUCGCGCCCCUCCUCGGCGCGCCCCUCUCGGACCACUUCGGCCGCCGCCCCGUCUACCUAAGCACGCUCCUCCUUUUCAUAACCGCCAACAUCCUGCUCUCCACCCUCCCCGCCAGCCUCGCCGCCCUGUUCGUCCUGCGCGUCUUCCAGGCCCUCGGCGCCUGCGUCGUCACGUCCGUAGGCGCGGGCGUCGUCGCCGACGUCUACGAGCCCGCUGUCCGCGCCAGCGCCAUGGCCGUCUUCUUGCUCGGCCCGCAGCUGGGGCCUAUCCUGGGGCCUGUCAUUGGCGGCCAGUUUGCUAGUGCCGGGAGCUGGCGCUGGGGGUUCGCGUUUUUGGCACUCGCCUGCUUCCCCGUCUACCUCGCCGUCGCGCUUCUCCUCCCCGAGACACUGCGCUGCAUCGUCGGCAACGGCAGCACCAGCAUCAGCACCAGCAGCAGCAACUGGUUCAUCAUCCCACGCCUACGCCUGCGCGCCCCGCCCGCCCCGCGCAGCGACAAGUUCCCGCGCCCCCUGCGCCCGUCCCUGCGCACGUUUGUCCAGCUCCUGCAGUACCCGCCGCACCUGAUCGUGUCCGUCAACGGCGCGCUCCAGUUUGCGGGCUUGUACUGCAUCUACACGAGUUUUCCGCGCGUGCUGAAGACCGUGUACGGUUUCUCGACUCGGGAGGUCGGGUAUGCGUAUCUGGCGCCUGGCCUGGUGAUGCUCCUCGCAUCCCUCGUCGCAGGCAGAGCCUCCGACGCCCAUCGCCGCCGCCUCAUCGCCCGCAAUGCCGGCGUCAAGCCUCCCCCCGAACACCGCAUCCCGCCGCAGCUGCUUGCAUUUGCGCUCACGGCCGCGGCCAAGACGGCGUAUGGCUGGCUGUGCGCGUACGGGGUGCAUGUUGCUGCGAGCCUGACUAUGAGUGCGCUUGCAUCCUUCGGCAUGACGCUCGUCUUCGUCACCAGCACCAGCUACCAGACCGAAGCAGACCCCUCGCACGCAGCCAGCCUGGUCGCGCUCGGCGGGCUCCUGCGGAAUGCGGCGGGCGCGGUGGCGGCCGCCAUCAUCAGCCCCGUGCUCGAUGCUAUGGGCCUCGGGUGGUGCUUUACGGGGUUGGGGUUGCUGGAUCUUUGCUGCAUGGGCGGCGUGGUCGUGGUUAUGUGGAAGGGGGCGAAGUUUAGGGAGGGCUUGGAGGGGCGGCGGUGAUGCGGUCGGACUGGGGAGGUGAGGUGGGUGGGUUUUCUCGUUUUUCUUUGGAGGGUAGAUGGUUAGACUUUAGAGACGGGGUUUGCGGCUUUGCUAUAAGCAUCUUGAUUAGACGUAGCUGAGAAGUGGUUCAGUAAGCAUAACACGUUUGGGGUCGUAGUA